AUGGCCGCAGCAACAUCUCAACGCGCUGCUAGCCUUCUUAUGGCACUGCGCUCUUCAUCGCGCUCCGCUAUCGCAUCUUCUUCUCGCACCCAGACAAACCGAUUGGCCUGCACGGCAACCCUUGUCUCCUCACUACUAAUUGCCUCUGGCUCCUCCCAACUCCCCUCUCUCCGCCCUGGCCUCUCCCUCCAGCGCCGCUACAAAUCCAAACGGUCCUCAGCACAAUAUAUCGACCCUAACGCUGCAGAAGCCGACGAUGUCCCCGUCAUGAAAACAAAAGGCAAAGGAUCCAAAGGCAACCGCGGUGCCCAACCCACCUCUCGCGGCGCCAAAUCCAAACGUGGAGACACCGAACAAGACAAUGCCGAGUACAAAACUUCCACCCGCAACCAAGACCUCCCCGACGAAGGAUUCGAUUUUGACGCUAUCUCCUCCCAUAUGUCCCGUGCUGUAGAGCGAUGUCGAUCCACCACUUCCACUCUUGUGGGUUCUUUUGGACGUGCAGACCCAGCUCUGUUGGACUCGGUGAAAGUGGAGUACCCUGGAACUGGGAGUUCAGGUAAAUCUCUUCAUCCGCUUCGAGAGUUCGCUACGGUCGGAGUGCGGGAUGGAGCGCUGAUCGUGACUGCGUUCGAUGCUGACAUGGUCAAACACAUCGAAAGGGCUAUUUACGCUGCUGAUCUAGGGCUCACACCGCAGACUCAAGCGCAUCAGAACCCGGGAGAUGAAAACAUUAUUCGUGUAGCUGUGCCGCAACCAACUACAGAGUCGAGACAGGCGAUGGUGAAGGAUUUGACCCGCAUCUGCGAAAAUGCUAGGGUCAGUAUUCGCGAUGCUAGACACAAAGCGCAGAAACAGAUCAAGAGCGAUAUUGACAGGAAAGUGGUGGGCAAGAGUGAGGGUGAGAAGGAGAGUAAGAAGGUCGAAGCAGAGACCAAGAAGUUUAGCACACAGGUGGAUCAGCUGUUUGAGAAGAUGAAACAGACUCUUCUUGCUGGGAACUAG